GUUGCCCUUUCACGUGCUUGUUGGCUGCUAGCAGAAUGAAACUCGAGUUGUCUCGGGUUCUCCAGGGAGGAAGCCGCCUAGGUGUCCUCAAGGGGCUCGGCAGGACAGGGCAGCACUCGCUGGAGGUACCGGGCUGUCUUUUGUACUCACGCUGCGGUACUGUUCCCCACCUGACCCAAGAUACGCUUCACACCUUGGACAGGCUUCCAUCUGUCACACAAGUCUCAUUGGACCAUUUAGCAGAGCACAAGGAAGUGUUGGAAGAUUUCAAGGAAGGAUUUAAGAAGUUUGCAGGUCUUCAUGACACAGUGUUGUUUUGCUCGCUGCAUGACCCCGCAAGCCGCAGCCCCACCGGCUACACAACCAACAAGACCGUGUCCGUGUGGGGAAGUGGCGGGCGUAUCGAGCUGACGGCAUCCAAGUUCAUGGACCUGCAGAAGCUGGUUCGGCCCGACUGCUACGUGAGCAUGGCCGACGGCGAGACCUGGCAAGACAACACCUCCCGCAAACGGGUCCGCAAGUCAGUAGAGCGGACCCUCGCCCACUUGGACGAGUGCCUGCUUGUGCACCAAAAGUCGCAGGAGCUGAAGGCAGCGGUGCUGUUUGGUGCGGUGGAGGGCGGCGAUGUCCUGGAGGAAAGGGUGCGCUCGGCUAGAGAGACAGCCAAACGGCCUGUGGCGGGUUUCUGCCUGGACGGCCUCCAGAUGGGCCGCAUGGACGGCGCCUUGAGGGUUCAGCUUAUCGGCGCCGUCACCAAGGAGCUGCCUGAGGACAAGCCCAGACUUGUGCAGGGUGUGGGCCGACCUGAUGAAGUACUGGCAUGUGUGGAGGCCGGCGUGGACCUCUUUGAAGGUUUCUUCCCCUUUCUGGUCACGGAGCGAGGCUGUGCCCUGUGCUUCCGCUUUGACACUGCUAUUGACCCUGAGAGUUGUGAUGCAACUCCCCCUUCAGAGAACGUGGCGGAACACAACGGUGAUCACAAUCCCGACGAUCCAACGCGUGUGACGCGUUUUGAGAUGGAUCUUAAAGACAAAAGGUACCGCGACGACUUUCGACCUCUUGUGGACGGUUGCGGCUGCUACUGCUGUAGGAACCACCGCAGGGCGUAUGUGCAUCACCUGCUGGCCACCAAUGAGCUGCUAGCGGGGGUGUUGCUCAUGCUCCACAACACGGCCCACUAUUUGGCCUUCUUCAUGGCCCUCCGAGAUGCACUGGCCACCGAUAAAGUGGACCUCCUGAAAAGGCGGAUCCUGGGUCGGACGGAAGCUAAUGCAACUAAAGAAAACCCAUUGACAUCUUUUGUUUUCGUGUAUGGACUCUGCGAGGAUGUGUGGUGGCGCUUUCUAUCGACUGGCCUUGCUCCUUUCACAUUGUGCGACACAUUUAAUGGAGCUCACAUCUUCAAAUAAAAGUUUGUACGGCUGUGCUUUGAGUCAAGUGGUUCAGAAAAAAAUGGCAGUUUUAUACAGUUAUCACUUUUCUUCAGUGCUGGGUCAGUGGAGUACUGUGCAAUCGAUAAGCAGCAUAUGACCAAUUUCCUGUGUGCGAUCACUUUUUUUUCUCUGUCAAGAUAGUGCAACAAAUCCAUAACCAAACCGUGAAACCUUUUUAAGAUGUCUGGGCAAGAGCCAAUGUGGGGGAAAACCCAGGAAAUUUGGAUGUUGAACCAGGAGUUUUCCAUAUUUUUCGUAUAAAGGAGGUGAGUUACUCUAAAAGCUAUUCAUGCAAAAUUAUUGUCAACCAUGAAUUUUUAAUAAGCCCCAUUCACAGCGAUGUCACUCAAUUUCCGGAUUACUUCCGGGUUAGUGAUGGUAGUGUAUCUUUAGUAUUUCUUCAAUGGUGAUUGUGUGCUGUGCACUGCUCCACAGUCCAAAAAAUUCAUUUAAAUUUGAAAACUACAAGUUAACAUUAAUACUUUUUUCCGUUUGUCUUGAUAAUUUUAUGUCUUUAAUUUCAUGUUAUAAACCAAUCCUAGUGAUGAUAUUGUCUGCCUGUGUGUACCACAGCCUUAUUUUUGUUAUCAUUAUUUUACAGUAGUAGAAUAAUGGAAUAGUGAUAGAAUUAGGGAUGUCCCAGAUCCGAUCAGAUGAUCGGGAAUCGGGUGAAAAAGAUCCGUUUAAAAAAAUGUAUUUAUUUAAAAUAUUAAACCAUUGGCUGCAAUUGAUGGUGAUAGACGUCAGUGGCAGUGAAACAUGGUCACUCAAUGACAGCACCGUAGUGUUCUACUGACAGUCGCCUUUAAAACUGUGCAUCCAGCUCUCUUCAGGUCAUUGACCAGCUCCUGCCUUGUAGACCUAGGCUGAACCCUCACUUUUCUCAUCAUGAGCGAUGCCCCAUGAGGGGAGAUUUUACAUGGAGCCCCAGUCCGAGGUAGAUAAUCAGUCAUGUGUAGCCUUUUGCAUUUUCAAACAAUUGCUACAACUGUUGAUUUAUUCUCAUUAAGCUGCUUUCCAGUUGUCCCAUAGCCUUUCCCGGGCUUUGUGGAGCUCAACAAUUUUUUCUCUGGUGUCUUUCAAAAGCUCUCUAGUCUUGCCCAUGGUAGCAGUUGGAUUUUGACUGACUGUGGGGUAGAGCUGGGCGGUAAACCGAAAAUUUACCGUCACCGAAAUUCUUCACGAUGACCGACGUAAUUAUGACCAUGUCGGUAAAUUCGGUAAAUUAAUAAAACAAGAAAAUAGUCUUUUCAUCCCGCUUUGACUCUGUUGUUCGUCUAUGCUCAUUCCCCUUUAAGAAAGCAGUGAAUGUACUUACGUAGGGAGUCACGUGAUCAUCAGGAAGCCAAUCAAACAGAAGCCCGGUAAGCUAACGCUAGCAGCUAAUGCUACAAGCAAAACGUGAUGGAGUGUGGCUUAAGGGAGGCUCGCCAAACUUUCACCCGACAUUUAAUAGACUCUUGGUGGCAUCCAGACGGGCUUUCACCAGCUGUCCUCCCUUGUUCUCACAAUUUCCGGAGAUGGUGCUUUCAGUGCUUUCUACCGGUAGCCAGGCCACAGGCUAACGCUAGCCGCUAACGCUAGCGGCUAACGCUACAAAUGAACGUGAUGGAGUCGGAUAGCUUGUCGAAACGGCUGAAUUUAAUGAGUGGAUUGGGCAUGGACUGCAUCUAGCAAUUACUAUGUCGCGUUAUUUUGUAUCUGACUGUGUGUGAUUUCUCUGAUAGCUUUUGUGAUGGUAAAGCAUUCAGCAUAAAGCACAAAUGGCCCCAGCUAUUUUUCUGUAUGUGCUUAAUUCUGUGUCAUUAUUGCUAUCAUAAAAUCUUAAGUGUUUCAUUUGCAGAAGAUCAAUAUAGCUUUAAUGUGUGUCUGUCUGUUUGGGGGUUCAUGUAUGUGUGCAUUUAUUAAAAAAUGCACUGGGGGGGGAGACCCUGAAACCAUAAAGUAAACACUUGUAUUGAAUAAUUAUGUCACAGCAGCCAUUAACAAUAAAUUGUCGUUUUGAAGUGUACUGUUCGAGCUGCAAGUCAUUUGUGUUACAAUGACAUGUUUGCACAGGCAUAUCGAUUUUGACAAUGUACAUUGUUCAAGCCAUACACUCUGUUAUA